UGAACCAUAAGAAUGAACGGAAGCAUCAUCGUAACGUAAGGACCACAAUGAAUAAUGUUCUAUCAUCGUUGAUGGUCUCCCCAGACUUGUUACCAUCUGGAUCCUUGCUAGGUUCAUUGAUUCACUUAUCCAAUGAAGUUGGCUCAAUGGAGAAGUUUCCCUUGGUGCACACAAGGAAUGUUUCAUCCAUGAUAAGGAGGAUCAAGCUCCUCUCUUCUUUGUUUGAAGAGAUUCAAGAAACGGGUACUCCACUUCCUCCCUCAUCAAUCCUUUGUCUCACUGAACUCUUCUCUGUGAUCAGAAGAGUGAAGAUUUUGAUCCAAGAAUGCAAGGAUGGAAGCUCUCUUUGGAGUCUCAUACAGUUAGAGUUCAUUGCAAACCAAUUUUAUGUGCUUGUAAAGGAGAUGGGAAGGGCCCUUGAUAUCCUUCCUUUGAGUUUGCUUAAUGUAACAUCAGAUAUAAGGGAACAAGUGGAGCUUCUUCAUAAGCAAGCAAAGAGGGUUGAGUUACUCAUUGAUCCUAGAGAGAUUCAAAGAAGAGAACAUCUAAUACAAGUGAUGGCCAACAACAGUUUUCAAAACAAUAAGAACAAGGGUUUUAUUGACUUUGACAAAGUGGAAGAGAUAUUAAGCAGCAUUGGUUUGAGAACCCCUUCAGAUUAUGAUGGAGAAAUAUCCAAGUUAGAGGCUGAAGCUCAGAAUCAAGCUGGCACAGGAGGACUAAUUGUUGUAUCCAAUAUAAAUAAUCUCAUAUCUCUUGUCUCUUAUUCAAAAUCCAUGAUAUUCAGAGAUGGAGAGUGUGACAGAAAAAAUGAAGAUUGUAAGCCACUAUCUGCAUUUUUACACAACAAAGUCCAUGAUAGUUCUUCAUCCUCUCAGUCCAUGACGCCAAAUGUUCCUGAUGAAUUUCGUUGCCCCAUUUCACUUGACUUAAUGAGGGACCCCGUGAUUGUGUCAUCGGGACACACUUAUGAUAGAACCUCAAUUGCACAAUGGAUAAACUCUGGCCAUCACAGUUGCCCCAAAAGUGGGCAAAGGCUAAUUCACACUGCUCUAAUACCAAACUAUGCAUUAAAGAGCCUCGUUCAUCAAUGGUGCUAUGACAACAAUGUCCCAGUGAAUGAGCCUACAACUGAGGGAAACAACAUUAGCAAGAAGAAUUUGAACGAAGAAGCUAUUGAUCAUAUUUCUGCAAACAAAGCAGCUGCAGAUGCUGUCAAAAUGACAGCAGAAUUUCUAGUUGGAAAAUUGGCAACCGGUUCUGCUGAUAUCCAAAGACAAGCUGCAUAUGAACUUCGAUUACUCGCGAAAACCGGCAUGGAUAACCGGAGAGUCAUAGCCGAGGUAGGGGCUAUUCCCUUUCUUGUAACACUUCUAGGAUCUCAAGACUCAAGGAUCCAAGAGCACGCUGUGACAGCUUUGUUCAACCUUUCAAUAUUCGACAACAACAAGCUUCUGAUCAUGGCAGCAGGAGCAGUUGGCAACAUAGUAGAAGUACUAGAAUCGGGGAAGACAAUGGAGGCAAGGGAAAAUGCAGCAGCAUCAAUAUAUAGCUUGUCAAUGGUAGAUGAGUGCAAAGUGCAAAUUGGAGGAAGAGCAAAAGUAAUACCUGCCUUAGUUGGACUCUUGAAAGAAGGUACUCCAAUUGGGAAAAGAGAUGCUGCAAGUGCACUUUUCAACCUUGCAGUGUACAAUCCUAACAAGGGAAACAUUGUUGAAGCUGGUGCAGUUCCUGUGUUGGUUGAGUUGUUGAUGGAUGAUAAGGCUGGCGUAACAGAUGAUGCACUUGCUGUGCUAGCUUUGCUUCUUGGAUGCUCUCAGGGGCUAGAAGAGAUAAGGAAUAGUAGAGCAUUGGUGCCACUUCUUAUUGAUCUUCUGAGAUUUGGAUCAGUGAAAGGGAAGGAAAAUUCAAUAACCCUUUUGCUAGGAUUGUGCAAAGAAGAGGGGGAAGUGGUGGCAAGGAGGCUAUUGGCAAAUCCAAGGAGCAUUCCUUCUCUUCAAAGCUUGGCUGUUGAUGGCUCUUUGAGAGCUAGGAGAAAGGCUGAUGCAUUACUUAGGUUCCUCAAUAGGUGCUGCUCUCAGCCUCAUCAUUCUGUUUGAUAGAGUAGGGUGUGUUGUAAUCACAUGACUUCACAAAUGCAGAGUUGUAUAUUUUGUGAAUGGUAUACAUGAAAAAUUGGUCAUCA